AUGCUGUCUGGGACUGAAAAGUUGAAAGCUGAGACGUCAAACGGAGAAGCGGAAGAAGAGGGUGAAUCGUGGGAAGAUUUGGAUGAUGAAACGCUUGAUCAACAGUUGGCUCAACUGAAAUUAGAAGCCGCUCAAAAAGUGCAAGGACAAAAGAAGCCAUCGUCGUUUGAACAACGAGCCAGUUCUUCAAAUUUUGAUAAGAAUUUUCUACCUUAUGUAUUAGAAGUCUACGAUUUGCCAAAAAAAGAAACAACUCAAACGAUCAAAGACGAGCUCCAACAGAUGGGCUUUCCAGGAGUUGAAGUGAAGAUGGUACCGGGAACAAGUUCAGCCUUGGUGGCCUUUGAGAACGAGAAGAGAGCGAGAGAUGUACAAGUUUUGCAUAAACAUUCUUGGAUAAAGCUUCGAUCGUUGUAUUUGGCCUCAAAGGAAAGCCAGGAUCUGGCAAAGAAAAGCGAAACGGAGCUUCGACCGAGAGCCACCGUCAGACCAAAGACAACGAGCGCUAUUGCGAGGAGACUUGUUGAGGGAUCUUUAGGACUUAAAUCAACUGUCACUUCGGAAAAACGAGCAACAGAACGGGCUACCAUUCAAAAUCAUAAAGAUGCGAAGAAAGCGGCUGCAGAUUUGUGGAAA